AGCACUUCAGAAAAUGAAGGCAGACAUUACAGUUACAAUACGGGCCAGGGGCGAACUGCCUGAGGGCCUGGGGUCAGUAGGGGGCCCCGUGAGAUGCCCCUGGUACCUUUUUCAUUGGCUUUUUUGAGUUCGGGCAAGGACACAGGGACCCCAUGAUCCCCUAUUGCCCCGGGGGCCCCAUGAGUUGUCAGUCCACCCCUGAUACGGGCAGCACAGUGGCUAAAUGGUUAGCACUUCCGCCUGGCAGUACUGGGGUUGCCAGUCAA